GAUGCUUUUUGGGGACCUGGUGAGCCUUACGCGGACGAUGGGCGCAUUGAAGUGUUCAAGGUGAACAUUUCCGAUGAGGAGAUUGACAGUUUGAAGUCUCUUAUCACGCCUAAUCGUCUGGUAGCUCCUUUGGAAGGUUGCUCUAAAUCUCAAACUACCCAUGAUCUCAUGCGAAAUCUAUCCGAAGUGAUGAUUUCAUUUGACUGGAAGCAGCAUCAGCAUUUUCUGAACACUUUCAAGCAAUAUAGGACGGGCAAUUUUCUCGAUACCUUCAGCAUCGAAGUGAAAAAUCUCGAAGCAAUUGGUGAUGCUUUGAACUCUUCUCCACUAGGCACUGCAUCCUACUUGAUGUCUGUAUGGUCUCUUUUCUCCAGUCGUGAUCCGUUGAAGCCAUUGAGUCAGCUCUUCACUCUUGAUGAACUUGCUACCGUUUCAUACUUGCAUUACGUCACCGAAACCACUCCUCGUGCACUGAGAAUUAUGGAUACGAUGCUUAACAACGAUGAUGAAAGUCAAAGGCUACAAGUGCUUGUUCCGACUGGACUUCUACAGUCGCCAGAAACUCCAUGGUCCACUACACGGUCCAUAUGUCAGCACCGCUACCUAAACAUCACCUCCUUCACGGAAGUAAAAAAAGGAGGGGUAUUCCAGCAUCUACAGGAUCCACAAGCAUUUGCGGCAGAUGUCUUUCGAUUUGUUGAACUGACACUAUUGCAUAAAUAA